UCGUCGAGCAAACGCAAUGCGGCGCACUAAAGUCUGCCCGAUGCUGCCGUCGAGCAAAUUCAACUAUAUAUAAAAAUAAAAUACGCAACAACAACAAGAACAACGAGAGCGACAACGACAACAAAUUAAAUAGCAAGCGGUGCCAAAAAUUUCAAAAUUAGAGUGAAAAUCUAUAUAAUGUGUAUUUGUGUUGAUAAAACGCAGCGUGAGUUAAGUUCAAUAUAAAUAAUUAUAAACAUUUAAACCCAAAAUAUGUCGCUGGCCAAUGCGGGCCGUAAGGGCAGCGCACAGCUCGAGGUUAUGCAAAAGGCAGGCUGGAAAAUAGACGAAAAUGAAAAAGCCUGCUACAUAGACAUAGAAGAAGACAACGAUGCGGACAGUGAACACCUGGGGGAGGAGACGCGCUGGUCUUGGCUGCCCAAUGUGGUGCUGGAGCAAAUCUUCACCUAUCUGACGCCCAAGGAGCGUUACUAUGCGAGUUUGGUUUGCCGGCAAUGGUACAGCGCCUUCUAUUUGCCCACCGUUUGGCACAGCUUUCUGGUGGACGAUCGCACCUUGACGCGCGCCAAGUACAACUACUACUCGGGCUGGCAAUACUGUCUGGACCAUAUGCGCACUCAGAUGUGCUUGGCCCGCAUCGGACGACAUCUGCGUGGCGUGGAGUUUCGUCCCUGGCACAGCUUCAACAACAUUUAUCAGUUCAUGACCAUGCUCAGCUGGAGCAUAGACAAGGGCAGAGAAGCGCAUCCGCAGCCUGACUUGGCUGGCAUGGGUCGUCACAUACGCUCCUUGGUCUAUCAUUUUCCCUGCAACAUGGCGCAGAGUAACGAUCCGGAGGGCAUGAAGCUGUUCGGAACGGGCGGCCAGCUGCUCAAGGGCCUGAAGGAGCUGCUGCUGCGUCUAACCGAUUUGCAUACCCUGAAACUGGUCGAUUUCGUGCUGGAGCGCUUCGAGGCGAAUCACUUGCUCGAUGAAGUUGUGUGCAGCUGCUGCACCAAGAUGAGAGUACUAAAUCUGGUUAAUGUGACUACCACACACUGCCCCAUAAUGCAUGUGGGCUUGUUUCUCAACCUGCAGGUGCUCACCAUAUCGCCACAGAACAUAGACGACGAUGUGCUCUCACUGCUGGCGGACACAAAACUGCGGCAUUUGCAUUUGCUGCAGAACUGCUACACGCCCAACCACUUGACCAUCAGCGCCUGCGGCGUCAAGGCCUGGCGCAGUCUGAAGCGCACAAAUCCUCGCAUGCGUGUGCAUUUGCGCGUUGAAAAUCUCGCCGAUGGCGAGGUGGUGCUGCAGCCCGAGGCGCCCGUUCACAGCAUUACCUAUUGGUCACCGCUGGCGCGCAUUCGUCCCGAUUUGCUGCUACGCAUGGUGGAUCACUACAAGCACACGCUGGCCGUCUAUGGGCACGAGCUGCUGCCGCGCUUUAGCAGCCCCAAGUCGUUCAACAGUCGCAUCGACAGUCUGCUGCUGCUGCUCUGCAGACAGUGCGCCUACAUGGACACCUUGAUUGUGCGUGAGAAGGUCUCAACCUGCACGCUGCUGUUGAUUGCACGCACGGCCAAGAAUCUGCGGCAUUUGCAUGUGCGUCGCUUUGGCGUCAUCUUGCGCUGCGACUGGCCACGUCAUCCCGAGUGGAGUGAUGACUUCUUUCGCUGGCUGAAGCGCAAUUCACGCUCCUAUGCUGCAGUGGAGCGCGAAAUUUCAACGCUCUUGGGCUACCCCUGGCGCUUGCUGAGUGAUCAAGAAUUUAAACAGUUAACAGUGAACGUCAAGACAAGCGUCUAAGCUUAGUCUUUAGAUUAUAAACUGUGAUUUGUGAUAAACGGUCUAGAGCUUUAUUAGUUUGCUGUCAAUAAAGCAAAUA